AUGAGUCAAGAAUUUGAUAUAUUGAAUGGAACUGAUGAAUUCCCCUAUCCCACAUCAAUCAUACAAACAGAUUUCAAAAAUUUCGAUUCUGAUAGUCAUGAAAUCGAUUUAUUUUUAUAUAAAAAUUAUCGAUUUAGUUCGAUUGAUUCUAUAAUCAAAGAAUUAACUGAAUUAUCGACCAAUUUAAAUCAAAAUUUAUUGGAUUUAGUCAAUGAUGAUUAUCAUGAUUUUAUUGAUUUAGGUAAAUCAAUUAAUGAUGGGUUAGAUUUAAUUAAUGCCAUAGUUGAAGAUUUGAAAAAUUUUGAAAUUGAAUUAGUCAAUUAUUAUAAAAAAUUUCUGGAUUUAGAUAAUCGUUUAUAUCAAAUUUUACAAAAUCGGAAAUUUUUAAAUAAUUUGAAAACUUGUAUCAAAUUGAAUUUAAUACUUCAUGAUCAAAUCACUGAAUUUGAUAAUUGUAUGAAUAAUCAAAUACAGGAAGAGAAUAAUAUCCAAGGUUUGAAUCAAUUGAAAACUUUGACUAGUUUAUAUUUAUCAAUUAAUAAUAUUGAAAUUUUCUUGAAUAAGUUCAUACAAUUAGGUAAUAUUGAUGAUGUUAAUAAUAGUAUCGACAAUAACGAUAACGAUAACAACAAUGGAAAUCACAGAGUGAAUUCUCCUUUCCAUGACAAUUAUAUAAAUAAUAAAAUCGCAUCGAUAAAACUAGAGUUUAAGAGUUAUUUGGAUCAAUUAAUUAGAAAGGAAUUGCAAAAGAAGACAAGAAAUUCACAAAUAAUGAUUGAAUUAUUAAACAUUUAUAAACUAAUAGGUGAAGAAAAGAGUGUAAUGAGUAUAAUAAGUAGUAAAUAA